AUGACGAUACUCACAUCUCAAGCUCCUGAGGGACGGGAUGAUGGUUUGAAGUGGGUUAAGCUCGAGCUUAUCAAACAAGUCGCCCAGCUUGGGGGCAAGUGUGCCUGGGAUAAAAACUUUCCUUGGAAGGGCAUGUCCAGCGCGCUUGCUGAUGCCAAUCUCUGCAUCAAGGGAUAUCCAGCUGACAGGUGUCUCUUGCCUGGUGAAGCCCACAACGAGAACUCAAAGAAUAAGGGCAUUGGAGCGCUGACGCAGAAGGAAAUCACGGUGCUCGUGGAGGCAUUGAAGUCAGGAACCAUGCAAGUUAUCAAAGUCGACAAGAAGUAUCGAGCAUCCGUUAUGGCAUCUGAGAGGCCCGUUAUCACAGGCAUAGCGCCUCCAUCUGACUGGUCACACACUGGUGCUAGACAACUGUUUGUUAAUGGCGACACUAACUACCACGGCCCAGCUCGUAUCAAGCCCAGCAACGCGACUACCAAAGUUAAGAAGGCCGAUAAAGUGACAAAGGCACCUCCACCACCUGACGCCAAUGACGAUGACGAUUCAGAUGAUGAUUAUCCAAUAGUACCUACUGCUCGCAAGUUCAGAAAACCCACCAUGCGAUUAGAAACUGCGGCACCACCACCAUCGCGUCCAUUUAAAGUCGUUACACUGCCACCCUCACACCCACUCAAAGUCACUCCAAAGCCAGGACCGACUGCCACAGCACAGAGUGAGGUGAUUGAACUCACUUCGGCUGGAGAGAAUGCCGCCACAGAGUCUGACUCUGAGUAUGAAGAAGCACGCGGCAAGAAGAGGAAAUUGAAGUCUGUGAACACGUCGCAUGCAUCAAAGAAGCCAGCCCCAUCCAACGAGAAGGCUGCACGGCCGAAGCAACCCAAAACGCCUGCCCUACCAACAUCAGCAACUUCUCCGAUGAAGGGUGGCCCUCUGUCCCCAUUGACAGUGGGGUCAUCAAGUGUGGCAGCAUCGCCAGAGCCUGAGACUGCGACUACAGCACCGGCAUUCCUCCAGGAUGGUCCCUCUAACGUGUGCACAAAGGUAAAAGCACGCCCAAUCACAAAGGAAUCCAAGGGUAAAAUGAAACAGGCUCUUCGCAUGGUGUACAGGCGCUCAGAUGGAUCUGAAGUUGAUGAGGGUGAGAAGACAGAUGCGGUUGUGAAGAGUGCUAUCUCUGCUGAUUUAGAUAAUGUCCCUGAGGAAACGCUACAGAAGAACUUGCCUUCGGAGGUGAUACAGGAUGAUGGACCAGCAGGAGAUCAGGAAUCACCUCGAGUCACCAAUCCCAUCGAGGAUCCUCAUACCAUUGAUGACUCUCGUAACCUCCAUGACACUCCAGCCAACGCUCCAGCCAAUGCUCCAGCCAAUGCUCCAGCCAACCCACCCCAAGCUCAUCAUGAGCUCCCUGUCCAUCAUGACCCUCACAAUGGUAUUCAGCGAGGCUCUGACGAAGGUAUCCAGCGAGACCCUCAUGAGGGUGACGCUGUACACCACUCAUGGGAACCUCAACGUGAGGUUGUCCACAACCAUCGCAAUGAUCCUUAUGAGGGUGAGCCUCUUCAUAAUCCUCGUGAGCCUCGUAAUGAUAUCCUUCAUGACCCUCAAGACACUCCCCAUCAUGCCCCUCGCGACACCUUGCAUGAUCCUCAUCAACCUCUUCGCAGUCAUUCUCGUGAGCCAUGGUACAUGCAUGAGGCUGUGCGUCGUCAUGAGAUCCACCAUUCACGUGAAGAUACCCCAAUCACUGAGCAUGAUGCUCUCUACCCUCGCGAUGCCUUCUACCACCGCGACUCCCGCAAUUACCACCAUGCUGGUUUGCAACCUCAUGACAAUUAUGGACCUGAGCCUCGUGCUAACAGUGAAUUUGCCAUGCGAGACAGCUCUCCGGCCUUGGAGGUAUACCGUGAUGACCGUUAUGCUCACCAUGAGCGUGAACGCACAUACCCAAGUCGAUACAGUCCAGGACUUGGUCCUGACUAUGCUCGUGAGAGUGGAUACUCUCGACGUGAUGACUUUGAUGAACGGCAGGCAUUUGGUGGAGGAACUUACCGUGACAAUGGGUACCCUCAAGGCAGGACUCGUUACUGGGAUUCCAGAUGGACAGAUCGUGUCCGUAAUACUCCACCUUUGGACUAUGUCCCUCAUGAUGUUGUGCCACGAUCAUUUAGUCGAGAUCCUGUCAACCCUCCUCGCGCUCCUUCAUCUUAA